AUGAAAGAGCAGCAAAAUCUCUGUGAUGAUCACUUCUCUGAUGAUAUUCUACUUCAUCAUGGUAAAGCUCUUGAUGAUUGUUCUAGUGUCAAGGGAAAGAAUCUAGCAAUGAUGGAUGGUAAGAACAAUCUGACUUGUGACGAACCAGAAGAGAUACAAUCUCCCAAGUUGACUGGUUGCUUGAAGAGCUCAACUCCAUGGCGCUCUCCAAACCACCAUGGCUCUAUGAUGAGGAUGAUGCCUUCCACUCCUCUUGCUUGGCGCUUCGAUUUAGCUGAAUUCACACUCAAAGAAGACUAUGAUGACGACCUCUUCUGA